UUUAUAACAUUUGUUUACGUUCCGUUGAAACGCAUGGGUCCACAACUGGCACAAGCAGCGAUGAUUUAGCAUAAUUUGCAUCAAUUCCUCUCUAGUUUUUAAUGAGACAAUGAAAUAAUUAUCGUAAAUCUUGGAAAUGGCGUCCCGACGGAAAGCAGAUCUACUGGAGCCAGGGGAGAUUUCAAGUGAUGGCAUUGACCGCCGAUCUACCACAAGACAUUUGGCAUCACUGGCUGUGUCCGCAGCCUGUGGCUUUGUAUUUGGAUUUGCCAUCGAAAAAGGGAAAGUUCAUGAACCAUUUGUUGUGAAAAAUCAGAUGCUGCUUUCUCAGUUUGUGAUGAUGAAAAUGUUCCUCUCUGGAGUCAUAUCAGGAAUGUUCCUGUUGUCUGUGAUGUCCAUGCUCCCCUUCACCAGACAGCAGUAUCUCUGUGCCAAGUCUGCUUUUGUGAGAGGCCUCAAAGGCAAGGGGUUCCUGGCUGUUUGUGUUGGCGGAGCCUUGUUAGGGUCAGGCAUGGCCAUUGCUGGAAGUUGUCCUGGAGUAGUCCUUGCUCAAGUUGGAUCAGGAACUCAGAAUUCAGUAUAUACCCUUCUGGGAGCAUUGUUUGGUACACUGCUGUAUGGGAUAUUAGAACCAGUGGUCACAGAUCUGACCAAACCUGAACAAGCAAUAAGAUAUCAAUUUUUGUACAAUGUUUAUGGAUCUCCAUUCUUUGUGAUGGCCUUGCCUACUGCAGCAAUACUCUCAUUGGUUGUUUUCACUUUGGAGCUCGCUUAUCCUUGGGAAGAGGAAAUCAGUAUUACAGAUUCUGUCUAUGAAUCAAGUAGCUGGAUUGCCUCCCCUGCCUGGCCUCCAUAUUUGUCUGGUGUUGUUGUGGGGACCUUACAAAUUCCUCUUGUUCUGUUUGUUGGUGACACUUUAGGUGCCAGCAGUAGUUUCUGUACAAUCACCUCCCAGGUUUUCCUUCACAAGUCUUCAAAGAGAUUGUCUCCAUAUCUCCUCAAAUUCCAAACAGGCUUUUCUAACUGGUGGCAGGUAACAUUCAUGUCAGGCUCUGUAUUUGGGGCUUUCUCUUCCUCCAUACUCUCAGGCAGCUAUGGGACGGUCACUGGGGGAUCUGUCACUCAGUCGUUUGUUGGAGGAGCUAUGAUUAUAUUUGGGGCACGAUUAGCGGGAGGAUGCACAAGUGGACAUGGGUUGUCUGGGAUGGGUUUGUUAAAUCUGCUGUCUAUCAGUACAAUGGCGGCCAUGUUUGUUGGAGGAGCCCUUACCGCCCAGAUACUGCAGUGGAUUGGUUAGAAUAUUAAACCAAAUACAUUGUAUGUUGUUGACAGACAUUUAACAUUAUAAUUGUCUAACGGUACAAUCGCAGCAUUGUUUGUUACUGCCCAUGUCCUGCAUUAGAUCGUUGGUUAAGGAGAAUAAGCCAAAUUAAUACAUUUUUUAAAUGUUGUUGACGAUGUUUGACAUUUACUUAUACUG